UCGAAUUUAAGAUCUGUUUGUUGGUAUGUUGGUUUAGCGACAUCUAGAUAGAAGAAAGGAAAAUGGAGCUGUUCCGGUUAAUGAUGUAGCGAGAAAAUAGGGUUAAUUUGUAGUGAAAUAGCGGACACGAUGCAGAAGAGGUGUACUGUUACAAGUGUGAUGUAAGUAUGAUCCAGAUGGAUAAAACUGGUGAGAAAGAAGAGACAUGUCGUGACAGUGAGAAGAAAGUUAUCACUGAAGGCAAGGCAGAGGUGCUGAUUUAUUCAUCCAAAAACGUAUUUUACAACCCUGUUCAAGAAUUUAAUAGGGAUUUAAGUAUUGCAGUUCUGACAUUAUGUGCACAAGACCAUUACCAAACAUUGCGGGAGAGAAACAUGAAGAAAAAUGAAAAAUCACUAGAAGAUGGUUCUUCAGAUGUUCCAGUAGAGAAGUUGACAGCUGGGAUAAAAUACGAGGAAGGUCUGACAAUUUUGGAGGCGUUAUCAGCAUCUGGUCUCCGCAGCAUCAGAUAUGCGAAGGAAGUGCCAGGAGUGAGGGAAAUUGUAGCCAAUGAUAUUUCAGCACAAGCGGCUUCCAGCAUUCGAGAUAAUGUUGUACACAAUGGGGUGGACCACCUUGUCACAACUAGCCAUGAUGAUGCUGUGUUGGUGAUGUACAAGCACAGGCGCGACAGGUUCAGUGCUGUGGAUCUUGAUCCUUAUGGAUGCCCAUCCCCAUUUCUAGAUGCUGCUGUGCAGUGUGUGAGUGAUGGUGGUGUUCUGCUGGUGACAUGUACUGACAUGGCUGUACUCGCAGGAAACUGUCCUGAGACUUGCUACUCCAAGUAUGGAGCUGUGUCUCUACAUAUCAAGUCUUGUCAUGAGAUGGCACUGAGGAUAGUCCUGCAGUGUGUUGAGUCUCAUGCCAACCGGUAUGGUCGCUACAUUGUACCGCUCCUGUCUCUCAGUGCAGACUUCUAUGUGCGUGUGUUUGUCAGGAUGUUUAGCGGCCCCGCUGUAUGCAAGAAAACUACUAGCAAGUUGGCACUUGUGUUUCAAUGUACGGGUUGUGAGACCCUGUCACUACAACCUCUUGGAGUGUCCCAUCAGUAUGGGGACAAAUUGAAGUUUACGUUGCCACAUGGCCCUCCAGUUGGAGCCGUGUGUGAACAGUGUGGCCAUAAACACCAUAUUGGAGGACCCAUUUGGAGUGGACCCCUGCAUGAUGAGAUGUUUGUGAUACGACUUGAGCAACUAGCUGGUGGUGGCGAGUUUGGCACAUCACGCAGGAUGCAAGGGGUACUUGCUGUAGUUCGAGAAGAGCUCACAGAAGUCCCACUGUAUUAUACAGUGGAUAGACUUUGCUCCAUCAUACAUUCAGAAACCAUGCCCAUGAUGCAGUUUCGGUCUGCACUGAUGAAUGCUGGUUACCGUGUGUCUUUCUCACAUGCUAACCGCAUGUCUGUCAAAACAGAUGCUCCAGCCAGUGUCGUGUGGGAUAUAAUGAGGCACUGGGUUAAGAUGCACCCUGUUCGACAGGAUAGGCUUGUGGGUGUAGCAGCAGCUAUUCUGUCUCGAGAACCUGUUACUGAGAUCAACAUGGAAUUGCGAUCUGAUGCAAACCCAGAGUCCCGUGAGAGGGGCCUGUCUCGUUUCCAGGAGAACCCCCAGCGAUUCUGGGGCCCUGGCAUGAAGGCUAGACACAACAUCCAAGGAGAAGGAAAAAUGGAGAAGAGCAGGAAGAAUCAAGGAAAGAGGAACAGGUCAGAGUCAACUGAUGGUUGCACAAAACAGAUGAAGAGAGACGAGCAAACAGUAAGCAGCUGAGGCUCCCACAUUUUUCACUUUGGUUAUUACACAGAAUAAUUUUACAAAUUUCAAAAUAUGUGGGAAUGUAAUGUUUUAUUUCAUUCUAUGGGAGAACAUUGAUUGAGGAUGUUUGAGAACAAGGUUCUUGGGAACAUGUUUGAUUUUGAGAAAGAGAAAUAACAUGAAGGUGGAGAAAAUUGCUAAUUGACGAGUUUCAUAUUUUUACCCUAAAUCAAAUUUUAGUAGGGUAAUCAAAUCAAGGCUGUGAUGUUGAUGACAUGUAGUGUGUGCAGGGAAGUGAGAAAUGUAUGCAACAUUUUUAUCAGAAUGCAAAUGAAAAGACCAUUGGGGAGAUCUAGACAUAAAUGGAAGGAUAGAUUCUUGAUAUAUAUGUGAGGAAUAAAUUCAAGUGUCUCAGGAUAUGGUCCAGUGGCAUGCUUCUGGGUGUACAGUAAUGUCAUUUCGGGUACUGCCAUAAAAGUUUGGAGUGUCUUCACCAGCUGAGUGAUGACUGUGCUUACAAUGGGAGCUCCUACACCAUGAGCUAUUCUGUAUAAAACCGAUCUUGUACCAAGUAAGGUAUCAAGAUACUGAUACAAAACCCAAAAUUGUUGCUUUGUGUAUCUGAUUUUCAGCAUUUCAGAAGGUAAUGUAAAUAAUUAUGUUACAUUUUUACAUAUGCUAGAAGUUGUAAACUACAUGUGUUGUAGUAGCUAUGAUGAUGAAGAAAUUUUGUCCAGUGACAUGUUUCUUUGUUGCAAAACGAUUGUAGGGUUCUGUCUCUGAGAAAUGAGCUGUGAGUAUACUUAAUGAGAAUAAAACUUAAUUUGUAUUUUC